AUGAAAUUUAUUCUUGCAUUAUGGGCGUUCUGCAUUUCAAGCAUAAGAGCGCAGUGGUUCAAUGGGCAACAACAAAUAUUUCCAAACAUUGAUUUAGGACAAAAUAUUCAAAAUAAUAAUGAUAAGCUUUACUAUGAUCGUAAUCCUGGCAGAGCUGAACCGGAUGCUUAUGACAAGUAUAUUGAAGAUAUACUAAAACAAAGAAAUUCUGCAACAUCACAAGGAUCGCUUUUACUAGAAAAUAGCGACCAAAGUAAUACAAUUGAUCGUAUAAAAGGUCCUUAUGAGUCCAAUGAGUCUUCUGAUGCAGUCCGAUUUAUUGGGGUGCCAAAAACUGAUAUAGAACAGCUUAAUAAUAUAACAUAUGCUAUAACUACAUUUGGGAUUAAUUUGAUGAAAAGUAUCAACCAGUUACAAAAUGGGAACAUAAUAGUGUCACCAACAUCGGUUGCAACUGUUUUAGCUCUUUUGCAACAAGGUACAGUAGAUGAAGCACAAAACGAAAUAACGAAGGCUUUGCAGAUGCCUGCAAGCGUUACAGCACCCACGUACCAGCGACUUACUUAUGAUAUGAAAAAAAGAAAUUCGCGUAAUAUAUUGACAGUUUCGAAUAAUUUAUAUAUUGGAGCUGGUUUCGAAAUCAACCCAGACUUUAAAGCCACAGCUAUUAAAAAUUUUGGCAGCGAAGUUACGCCUAUUGAUUUUUCGGUACCUGAUGCAGCAGUCAGGCAGAUCAAUAAAUGGAUAUCGAUUCAAACUCAUAAUAAAAUUUCAAAUCUACUCUCACCGGAUGCUGUCAAAUUCGAUACUCAGUUGGUAAUAGCUAAUGCUGUAUAUUUCAAGGGAUUAUGGGAAACCAAGUUUAAACAAGAAUCCACUAAACCGUUGCUAUUUCACCUCAGUGAUGGAAAAACUAAGACAGUACCUUUCAUGCGAAUGCGUCAUUCAUUCAGAUAUGGUAUUGAUGAAGAGACUGAUUCUCUCGUUGUGGUUCUGCCAUUUGAACGUAUUCAAUACUCACUUGUAAUGAUAUUGCCACAUAAAUUAUCUAAUGUGGAUAUCGUUUUGAACUCUUUAACUAACAUGAAACUAGUUAACUAUCAGAAAUUAGAGGAAAUUGAAGUUCAACUGGCGAUCCCGAAAUUUACAAUAAAAUCCGAUACCGAUUUGAUACCAGUACUGAAAAAUAUGGGUAUUUCAAGCAUUUUUUCUCGUAACAGCGACUUGACAGGUAUAGGAAAUUAUAGGACAUACUCUCCAGAAAUAUCUCGUGCUGUUCAUACGGGUUUCUUGUCUGUAGACGAACAGGGACUUUCUGCUGCGGCUGUAUCCGGAUUCACAGCUGUAGCAUUAUCAUACGAAGAGCCAUCUAAUGUUUUCCAGGCAGACAGACCAUUUUUAGCUGUACUUUGGGAUACACAGUUUGCUAUACCGUUGUUCGUAGCGAGAGUUGAUGAUCCUUCAAUA